AUGACUCGCCCGCACCAUCAUAAUAGACCACAUUAUCAUCAAGGUGCAACGUCGGCUACCCCGCUCCUGUAUCCGUCCGCCCGACAUCCGCCACCACAAGUUUCACGUCCUUUCUUCCACCCUCUGUACAUACUUGAUUACCUCUUCACCUUCUUGCUCCUCGGCUUCUCCCUGUAUCUUGAUGCAGUUCCAGAACCUUUUCAUCGCGAGUUUCAGCUGAAUGACCCCGACAUUGCAUACCCGCGAAAAGGCGAAAGCGUUUCGAGGACAAUGAGUUGGGUCAUGGCUUUGGGCGGUGCAAUGCUGGUAGUAACUUUGGUGUGGGUCGUGAGGCUUGUAUGGUCUUUCAAAGGGGGAGAUGAGGAAGACUGGUGGUCAAAGGAAGAAGGUGCUGACGAAAAGCAGUGGUGGAUGGAGGUGGUUUUGAAAGACGUUCAUCAUGCCUUGUUGGGGACAUUCUUGUCUGUCACAUUGACAUUCUUCAUGGUCACUGUAACGAAAUUGCUCGUUGGACGGCUACGUCCUGAUUUUUUGGCUCGAUGUCAGCCAGAUCCCAUAACUUUAAAUUGUCGCUCUAACGAUACGUCUGAGAUUCGAAAAGGGCACAUGUCGUUUCCGUCCGGUCACGCUUCUCGAACAGCGGCGGGACUUGGGUUCGCAUGUUGGUAUUUGGUGGCGGCCUUGGGUGUAGGAUGUUUUGAUGGACGAAGGCCUGAAGGACGUGUGUGGAGAGUGUUGAUUUGUACACUGCCGCUACUGGUUGUUUUGUAUGUGGCGGUAUCCCGACUUCAGCAGAAUAUGCAUCAUUGGGAAGAUGUCUCAGUUGGGGCUUUGCUUGGAUUUACGAUUUCAUACAUAUGCUAUCGGUUUUAUUAUCCCAGUAUUUGCGAAGGGAAAGGCCUGGCGGGACGACCAAAGGGAGGCGAAGGAAAGGGCCCGCAAGGGGAGGCCAGCGAGGAACGACCUGAUGUGUAG